CAAUAUAAAUUUCAAUUGCUUGAAGAGAUAUUUGAUGAGAAAAGUAUGACAAUGGAAUAUUAUUAUUUGUUAUAUAAAUUACAUUUGUUAUAAUUUGUGUUAGAAACUUCCUUGCACGUAGUUUUUGGUAAAUGCUUGAAAUAUUUGUAGUAACGAUAUAUUGAGAUUUAUGAGCAUUCUUAUAUAAGUAUACAACUAUACACAUAUUCUUUUUUUUUACGCUAAAGAUUUUUAUGGUUGCAUUUUUUUUCCAGUCUUGUUGCAAAACUAAUCAAUGAUAUAAAGACCAAAUAAGUUGAACGAAGUAUUUUGACGCAGACUUGGACAGACAUUUCGGUAGAUUUUGAUAAACGAAAUAUAUUUUGAAUUUAAUAAAGGAAAGAAAAAGAGCAACGUGUUUUUUGUUUGUUUGUUUGUUUGAAAUAAAUAACGCGAAGUGAAGGUGAUGAGCAAAUACGAAUCCCGGAUUUCUAUCGUGUCAAAGGGUAGACGAUUAGGGAUUGUCGAUUACCAAAUAAAGAUACGUAUUACACAAACAACGGAAAAAUUGGUCAUUAUCGGUAUGCUGGUUACCUAAUGGGUCUCAUAAUCUUGCACUCCGAACUUUUGUAUCUUUUUCGUCGAUAGAGAGUAUAUAAAGGAAUUGACGAGUAGUGCUGGCCGAUCCUUCGCGAAGCAAGCACGAGGAUGAAAGCGAUUGCGUUGCUUUUGGCUGCGGCGUGCCUGGCUCAUGCCACGCAGGUGCCCUCCCACACCGCUGACAAAACAUAUCUGAUCAAGCAGAAGAGCAUCUACGAGCUCUUCUGGCACGUCGACCAGCCAACCGUCUACCAUCCGGAACUCUACCAAAAGGCGCGAUCCUUCAGCCUCGAAGAUAACAUCGCUUCUUUCACAGACCAGGCGGCGGUGACCGAGUUCCUGCAGCGAUGGAAACACGGAAUGCUCCCACGGGGAGAAGUGUUUUACGGAAGUCAUCCUCAGUAUUACAAAGAAGCGAUUUGCCUCUUCCGUGUUCUAUAUUCCGCCAAGGACUUUGACACUUUCUACAAUACUGCCGUAUGGGCACGCUUCCACGUGAACGAACAUAUGUAUGUAUACGUGUUGAGUAUCGUCGUGUUACAUCGCCCGGAUACCAAAAACAUCCGUCUACCCCCGAUUUACGAGGUGGUCCCACAUUACUUCUUCAACGAGGACGUUUUGCAUAAGGCCUAUCGUAUCGCGAUGGGUGACUCGCACGCAGGUGUGAAGAAGACAGUCGGUGGUGUAGAUUAUUAUUAUAUUCCUUCCAAUUACACCACUUGGUAUAUGGGUGGAGAUGAAAUGUCGGAACAACAAAAAUUAAGCUACUUCAUUGAAGAUAUUGGUUUAAAUGGUUUCUACUUUGUAACGAUUCACGACUUCCCAGUCUGGAUGAAUAGCGUUCGGUAUAACAUGCCCCAACACAUUCGCGGCGAAUUGUAUAUGUUUAGCCACAAACAAGUGCUGAAUCGUUACUAUUUGGAAAGACUGUCCAACGAUAUGGGUGAAAUCUCGUACGUCGAUGUGAAUAAACCUGUCGCUCCUGGUUACUACCCGAUGAUGCAUCAUCACAAUGGAUUGCCGUUCCCACAACGUCCUGUUGGUUCCGAGGUUCCUCUCCACGCGCACAAACAUGUCCAGGCCAUACAAGAUGCCCACACUCGCAUUUCCGACGCCAUCGACAAAGGCUACGUCAUUGAUGCGCAUGGCAAACAUAUCGACAUUUACCACACCGUAGACGGUUUCAACCAUCUUGGCAACGCGAUACAGGGCAAUGCCGAUUCCGUCAAUCCUGCAUAUUAUGGACGUUUGGACUAUUUCUACAGAAAGGUCCUCGGCAUGGGCCCGGUCGAGGUCACCAAACACAUGGCACGUCCUACCGCUAUCGAACUCUUUACCACCAGCUUAAGAGAUCCCGUCAUCUAUGGAAUCUACAAGAACAUUGUCACUUACUGGAUGAGGUAUAAGGAACACUUGCCGAGCUACACGCACGAGGAACUUGCUUUCCCGGGUGUGACGAUCGAAUCCGUUACCGUUGACAAGCUGUUGACUUUCUUCGACCACUUUGAAUCGUUGGUCAGCAAUGCCGUAUCGGUGCGCAGCCACAAAGAAGCUCAAUCCAUGGUGAUCAAGGCACGUCAGUAUCGUCUCAACCAUAAGCCUUUUACCUAUCACAUCACCGUCAACAGCGACAAGAAUGUCAAGGCGGUCGUUCGCAUCUUCCUUGGACCUAAAUACGAUGUUCACGGCCACGAAUUGGAUAUGAGCGAGAAUUACAUGAACUUCAUCGAGAUGGAUCAAUGGAACGUUGACCUGAAACCUGGAACCAACAAGAUUGAGCGCAAUAGCUACGAGUCCAUCUACGUCGUUCCGGACGAGGUGCCAAGCGAGGUUCUGUACAAGAAGGUGGUGAAAGCUAUCGAGGGUGGCGAGACUUUCACUUAUCCAGGCCAGCUUUACGGUUUUCCCGACCGUUUGGUACUUCCUAAGGGCAAGAAGGAAGGCAUGCCGUUCAAACUCUUUGUGAGCGUUUCGCACUUGGAUGAGACGCGAGCCAUCAAGGUGACGUCCCCUGUCUGGGGUCCAAGCGUGAUGGACUCUCGAGCAAUGGGAUAUCCGCUCGAUAGACCGGUUCACACCUUCAACUUCACCGUACCCAACUUCUACACGAGGGACGUUCUGAUUUACCAUAAGCCGGCGGAAGAAUUGAAUCUCACCGUGUAUAAAAGUGCGAGCGCGCGGCGUCGAGCGCCAUUCAGAAUUUUGAUCUCGCCUACAAUGGGUGUUGGAAAAGUUUGGGAAAUGAAGUUCCUGGCGAUAUUAGUCGUCGUUGCGGCCAUCAGCUUCAGUCUGGUAGCAGCCGACUAUAAUACCGUCAAGAUCGCCGACAAGGAGUUCCUCCUUAAGCAGAAGAAAAUCUAUAAUCUUCUAUACUAUAUCUCGCAACCCUCCCUCGUGAAUCCUUCAUUGUACGAGGAAGGCCGCUCGUACAAUAUCGAAGCCAACAUAGAUUCGUAUACUAAUACGGCUGCGGUGAAGAACUUCCUCUAUCUAUACGAGUAUGGCAUGCUUCCUCGUGGCGAGCUCAACUCUCUGUACUAUCCAAAGCUUCGGGAGGAAACGGAGGCGCUAUUUCGCCUAUUCUAUUAUGCCAAGGACUUCGACAUCUUCUACAAAACGGCGCUAUGGGCGCGCAUUUACAUCAACGAGAUGCAGUUUGGUGAGGCCCUGUAUACCGCGGUUAUGCUCCGCGACGAUACCAAGUUCCUUCAGUUGCCGCCUCCUUAUGAAAUGUAUCCGUACGGAUUCUUCAACUCCGAAGUACUCGAGAAGGCGCAUCAUGCAAAACUCUUCGGUAAACUUGAUUCGAACAAGUUUGGUGGCUACGACACCUACAUCAUUCCGGCAAAUUAUUCCGGAUGGUACGUGUCGCGCGAGUACGAUUUGGAACACAAAAUUAAUUAUUUCACCGAGGAUAUUGGCUUGAACGCUUUCUACUUCUACUUGCGGCAAGACUAUCCGUUCUGGCUAAAGGGCGAAGAAUUCGGCUUGCAGAAGAAUCGCGGGAUAGAUUAUCUUUACGGUCACAAACAAUUGCUGUCCCGUUAUUAUUUGGAGCGGUUGUCCAACGACAUUGGUAGAAUUGAAGAUUUCGAUUGGCACAAUGAAUUCUACGUCGGAUACUAUCCGACAAUGACCUAUCACAACGGAUUGCCGAUGCCACAGAGACCGUACUGGAGCAAAUUCCCCUACUACAAAUACAAGUACAUGAAGGAAAUAGAAGACAUGGAAUCUCGAGUAUCGGCGGCCAUUGACUCCGGAUUUGUCUUGGACGCAACUGGCAAAAUGAUCAACAUCUACACACCCGAGGGUCUCAACAUCCUUGGCAACAUCCUCGAGGGCAACGUGGAUUCCUGCAAUCCCGAUUUUUACGGCAGCAUCGAUCUCUUUGCGAGAAAGAUUUUUGGAUACAACUUGGAGCCGUCAACUCCCUACCAGAUUGUGCCCAGUGCCCUCGAGUUUUAUAGCACGUCCAUGAGAGAUCCCGCAUUCUAUCGUUUCUACAAAAGAAUAUUGUCUUACUAUUACAGGUACAAAAUGCAUCAAAAACCGUACAACAAGGACGAAAUCGUCUAUCCCGACGUGAAGAUCGAGUCCUUCGUCGUAGACAAGUUAAUUACCUAUUUUGAUCAGUUCGACACCUCGAUCAACAACGGUUUGAUGAUCGACGACGCGAAGGAAGCUGAGAAGACGUUGAUCAAAAUUCGCCAAUAUCGUCUCAAUCACAAACCGUUCAGCUUCCAUCUCGCUAUCAACGCCGAGAAAUCUAUGAAAGCCGUGAUACGCAUUUUCCUCGGACCAAAGUAUGACAUUCAUCACAAACUGUUGGAUUUCGCUGAAUACGCGAAAUACUUUUAUGAAAUGGACAACUGGAUAGUCGAUCUGAACGCCGGUGCGAACAAGAUUGUUCGAAACAGUCAAGCGUGCUUCUUCGCUAUACCCGAUCCGGAGCCGAGCGAGAUAUUAUACAAGAAAGUGCUCAAGGCUUUGGACAAUUCCGAUUCCUUCUCGUAUGCGGAAAGAAUCUACGGAUUUCCUGAGCGGCUGCUCUUGCCCAAGGGCAAAAAGGAGGGUAUGCCGUUCCAGAUCUUCGUGUACGUCAACCCGGUCGAAGGAGAACCGAUCCCUUACAUGUCUCGCGUGUUUGGUGGUUACAAAUUCGAUAACAAGCCGUACGGAUUCCCCUUGGACAAGCCUGUUUCCAAUUUCCGCUACGAUGGAUCUAACAUGCUGUUGAAAGACAUUAUGAUUUAUCACAAAGACGAGACAGAGCUGAAUGUCACUUAUUAAUCGCUAUUUACGUUAAAUAUUAUCUCAUUAUUUGAUUCAAUAUAUAACCAAUGUCGAUAUUCUAAACGACAACGUGUCGAAAUAAAGUACGUAUAUUUUGUAUAAUUUA